AUUUUGUUCUGGGGAUUGAGAGAUCUGAAGCGAGUGAAUUUGUCCCAGGUGGAUAGACCUCGAGUGGACAUUGAAUGUGCUGGAAGAGGGGUCCAGUCAUCUCUCAUCCAGAAUUAUAAGAAAAAUCCCAAUUUCAGCACUUUGGUCAAAUGGUUUGAAGUGGAUCUGCCUGAAAAUGAACUCCUGCAUCCACCCCUCAAUAUUCGUGUGGUGGAUUGCCGUGCCUUUGGGCGUUACACCCUUGUGGGAAGCCAUGCUGUCAAUUCCUUACGGAAGUUCAUCUAUAGACCUCCAGAUAAGAAGACUCCACAUUGGAGCACAGCAGCUAAACUUAUGAACGCCUAUAUGACUCUUGCAAAUGGGGGGCCCUACUCUCACCCCACAGGUGAAAUUGUGGUUAACAUGGAGCCAGAGGUUCCCAUCAAGAAGAUGGAGACCAUGGUGAAGUUGGAAGCGAAUUCUGAUGCUGUUGUGAAGGUGGACGUGACAGAAGAAGAGAAGGAGAAAAAGAAGAAGAAGAAGAAAGGAAAUGCAGAAGAAGUUGAGGAUGAGGAGCCUGAUGAGAGCAUGCUGGACUGGUGGUCCAAGUAUUUUGCUUCCAUUGAAACUAUGAAGAUACUUCGGCAGCAAGAGGCAGCUGCAGCAGAAGCUGAGGAGAAAGAAGAGAUGGACACCAGUGAAAUGAGACUUGAGGACUCUCCUAUGAAAGGCUCAAAAGCCCAAGGAAAGACCAAAGACAAAGUCAAAUUAUCCAAAGAGGACAAGAAGAAAAAACAGCAGCAGCCACAGCCUGAUGCCCCUGAAAAGAAGAGCAAGCAGAAGAUUGAUGAGAUGAAGGUGUAUCCCAAAGAACUGGAGACAGAGUUUGAUAAUUUUGAGGACUGGCUGCAUACUUUUAACCUCCUUCGUGGGAAGAUUGGAGAUGAUGAUGACAAUUCUGCAGAUGAAGAUCGCAUUGUGGGAAGAUUCAAAGGAUCCCUGUGUGUUUAUAAAGUGCCUCUUCCUGAUGAUAUCACCAAGGAGGCUGGAUAUGACCCUACUUUUGGCAUGUUCCAAGGAAUUCCAAACAAUGAUCCCAUCAACGUGUUGGUCCGGGUCUACAUUGUGAGGGCUACUGAUUUGCAUCCUGCUGACAUCAAUGGCAAAGCUGACCCUUACGUUGCCAUCAAACUGGGAAAGACAGAUAUCAAAGACAAGGAGAAUUACAUCUCUAAACAGCUGAACCCAGUCUUUGGAAAAUCCUUUGAUAUUGAGGCUACAUUCCCUAUGGAAUCCAUGUUGACGGUGGCUAUUUAUGAUUGGGAUUUGGUGGGCUCAGAUGAUCUGAUUGGUGAAACAAAGAUAGAUCUGGAGAACCGAUAUUACAGCAAGCACAGAGCAACCUGUGGCAUUUCUUGGAACUAUGCUCUACAUGGAUAUAAUAUGUGGAGAGACCCCCAAAAGCCUACCCAAAUCCUAUCCAAGCUUUGUAAAGAAGGAAAAAUUGAUGGUCCCCACUAUGGCCCUGGAGGCAGAGUGAAGGUGACCAAUCGAGUCUUCACCGGCACCACUGAAGUAGAGGAUGAAAAUGGUCAGAAAAAGCAGACAGAUGAGCAUCUGGCACUGACUGUGUUGCACCACUGGGAGGAAAUCCCGCGUGUGGGCUGCAAAUUAGUGCCUGAGCAUGUGGAAACAAGGCCAUUGCUGAACCCAGACAAGCCAGGCAUUGAGCAGGGACGGCUGGAGUUAUGGGUGGACAUGUUCCCGAUGGACAUGCCGGCACCAGGCCCUGCCAUUGACAUCUCACCAAGGAAACCAAAGAAAUAUGAACUUAGAGUAAUAAUCUGGAACACUGAUGAGGUAGUCCUGGAGGAUGAUGAUUACUUCACUGGCGAGAAAUCCAGUGACAUUUUUGUCCGGGGGUGGUUGAAGGGCCAGCAAGAAGACAAACAGGAUACUGAUGUCCACUACCACUCACUGACAGGAGAGGGCAAUUUCAACUGGCGCUACAUCUUUCCUUUCGACUACCUUGCAGCUGAAGAAAAGAUUGUUAUUUCUAAGAAAGAGUCUAUGUUCUCCUGGGAUGAAACCGAAUACAAGAUUCCAGCCCGACUCACAUUACAAGUGUGGGAUGCUGAUCAUUUUUCUGCUGAUGACUUCCUUGGAGGCAUUGAGCUUGACUUGAACCGCUUCCCGCGUGGUGCUAAGACAGCCAAGCAGUGCAGCAUGGAGAUGGGAACUGGUGAAAUAGAGGUGCCCCUGAUCUCUAUCUUCAAGCAGAAGAGGGUGAAGGGCUGGUGGCCCUUUUUGGCUCGAAAUGAGAAUGAUGAAAUGGAGAUGACGGGUAAAGUGGAAGCUGAGCUUCAUUUACUGACAGCUGAGGAAGCUGAGAAAUGUCCAGCUGGAUUGGCUCGUAAUGAGCCAGACCCAUUGGAAAAACCCAACCGUCCAGACACAUCCUUCAUCUGGUUCCUGAACCCACUCAAGUCUAUCAGAUACCUCAUUUGUACCCGUUACAAAUGGCUCAUUAUCAAGAUUGUCCUGGCUCUUCUACUUCUCAUCAUGGUGGCCCUUUUCCUUUACUCCAUGCCUGGUUAUAUGGUCAAGAAGCUUCUGGGAGCAUGAGACAGCUGCCCUAUUCUCCCAUUUCUGACCUGAUUGUCAGAAAUAGCCUUUCAUUUCUGUUUCGUAGUUUCCUUGUGUAUUUUUGGAUCUUUUCCUUUUUUAAAAAAAUUGAGAAUUGCUUUAUUGUUGCUUUAUGACUUCAAAAAGGAAGUGUGUCCUCCCUUCCAAGGUUCACUGUAAGUUCUUUUCAGCACUGUCCUUCAGUCUCUUCAACAACCUAAUGCCUCCCCUCUCACAUUUAUUUGUUGUUACCUCAAUUUCAGUGUCCUCCACGUACGAAUUAAUCUUAAAUGGAAUUACCUUGACAACCAGGAUUCCAUUUUGUGUGGAUUGCAUUUAUCCCACUCCUUCUGGGUUUUUUUUUUUAAUUGUUUUCUUCCUUUGCUGAUAUCACAAAGUGUAUCUCCCCCAAAAGCUGAAAUUUCAACGCAUUUCUGUUCAUAUUAUAUUUGGAGUGAUCAGCUACUUAAGAAAUCUUGGCAUAUUUUCUUGGAAUCUGAUGCUGCAGUUUCCCCUGACUAAGAAAAGAGUUUGCCCCCUGCUUCCCUGACAGUGUAACAGUUUAUUGCAAUGGAAAAUAUGAAGGCUUGCCCUUCCAAGGUUUUGCACGAACAUAACUAGCAACUUCUUAGCUUCAGACAACAAAAGAAGAUAAGCCGUCAUUUUGUUUUGUUGGAGUGUGUAAUGUAGUGUCAAAAAUGUGAACUGCAACGGCCCCAAGAUAUGAGUUCAGUUCAUAGGCAAAUUAUUAUUUUCCUCAUUUUAGUUCCUUCUUUGCAAUUUGUUGUGAGGUGCACAUUAUACUGAAAUAAACUAAAAUUGACACACUUCAAAACCUAAUUAUUAAAUAAAAAGAGCAGGCAAUUCUUGCUCAAUCUUGAAACAUUCAAUGCUUUAAAAACAUCCUGGAAUCAUUAAAGAAAUAUUGCUUGGAUAUGCACCUGUGAACACAAUUAUACUCCAUUAAUGCAACUGGGAAAUAAAAGAAUUUUCAUUUUUUUAAGAUGACCACUAUAAUGGGAUUGGUUGUGCUCCUUGGACAGGUUUUUUUUAUAUUUUCCAAUUGGAAGAACUGACAAAUUCAGCUUUGUAGAACAUUGUGGAAAGGCAAUGUUUCAUAGAAGGCCAAGAUGUUCUUUUGAACUUUUAAUUAUCACGUAUAAAGCUGGUAAACAGCUGCUUUUUAUGGUAUGUGAUUCAACAGGAAGUAGGAUCAGCUGCUGAAAAAAGUAACCACCAGAAUAAGAAGUGUGGUAGGGUUGGGGAACACAUUAUAAUGCUGUUUCCUUUUUAAUGGAAAAUUAUAUCAUAAGUAUGGGUCUGAUGGUAAAGCCCUCUACACUGGAUGAGAGCAGGAAAGAUGGAGUGAAAUAUCCAGCUUGACCUAUUAAACUCAGAUUAUGCUGUGGGAAUGUAGGCAAUGCCAAGUGAUACUGAAGGAAAUCUAACAUGGCCAGUUGAUGCUAUUAUCAUUUCCCAAAACUGGGUAUCUCUUCAAAGCCCAUACAUAUUUAGUUCAAUCUAUCCUCCCAUGCACAUUCAGUCCUCUCCAACAGAGAGGACCAUUUAAAAGCAUCUUUCUUAAUUCAACGGUCCCGUGCUCCUAAGCAUCAUCUCUUUAACAUGAACACAUUAAGAUGCUGUUCAUCUUAUUCUCAUUCUACCUGUUUCUUAACCUACUGUCCCUGCUAAGAGUUGGUAUCCAAAUGUUGGUACCAUUAUGGCACCAAAAAGCUGAAUGGUGUGUUGUGAGUGACGGUACAAAUUUUGUCACUUUGUACUUGCAUCAUGCACUGGAGGGUGCAGGCUGUGAUGUCACGGCACAUAUUUUAUCACAUGCUACCCUGCCUCCCUCACCCAUGCCUGGUACCUAGGAGACAUAAUGUGUAUGUCAAGUGUGGAUGUGGACUUUACAUCACUAACACAUUUUCUUGCAAGCCAGUUGCAGAAGCAUGCAAGGUGGGAGGGAGGGUAGCUACAACUCCUUCUAGUUUUAAAUGAUAAUAAUUGUUUCUGUUAGACUUACGUUAUGAAUCAGAUACCUCUCCCAAACAUCUGCUCGAUAAGCAAGUCUACCAUGCUCUAGUAUCAUAAGGCAAAGGUCCCCAACCUUUUUGGCACCAUGGACUGAUUUUGUGGAAGACAAUUUUCCCACAGAUCGGAGGGAGAAGGGAUGGUUUUGGUUUCACUCACCGCUCACCUCCAGCUGUGCAGCCUGGUUCCUAAUAGGACACAGACCGGUACUCACCCAUGGCCCGAAGUUUUGGGAUCCCUGACAUAAGGGACCUGCAAUAGCUAAAACAAGCAAAAAAUCUGCCUCUCCAGGAGGCAAAGAUAACUUACAAGUUGGAAGGAGAUGUGAUAUCCUAAGCGUUAACUGACCAGAUUUCUAGGAAAAAAGAAACAUAGCACAAUUGCACUGCCUUUUUGCUGUUCUCCUUCACAGCGUAGCACAAAGUG